AUGUCCAUGAAAAUUGCCGAUAUUUUGAAUCCAACAUCAACUUCAUCUUCGUUGGAUUCUAGCUCUGGGGCAUCUAGGGGAUAUAACAACAGCAGCAGCCCACCAUCACUGGAUUUACUUUGUGAUCCUGCAACAACAUCAAGCGAGUGCCAUGUUUUGUCGUCACCUCCUCUAUCACCCCAACGGUACAACCACUACCCUCGCCAUCAUCAUCACGCUUACCUUGUGGCCGAUGUGGAUAAUAGCAGUGGUAGCAAUGGUAGCUAUGGAAAACCACGUAACCGAUUUUCCGAGUACGAGGAUGCGGUCAUCUGUGAAGGUGUUGCCAAGGGCUUGACAUGGGGACAAAUAUCGGGCAAGCUUCCGCAUAGAAAACGGGCCACAUGCUUUAAUCGAUACCGUACGCUACAAGGCAUUCGCAAGUCGCGUAAGCGAUUGGCUUCUUGUACAGUGACAACCAUGCUGCCCAUGAUGAAUACACCACCGAGUUCUCGACGUGCCUCUAUCUGCUCUCAGCAACCUUUUUUUACACCAUCACCAUCGCCACCUUUGUCUACGUUGUCAAUGACACCACCCUUGUCAUCCACCUCAAGUGCAAGUGGCUACGCUACAACGUCGUCAGUGCAGCAACAUGCACCACGUAUUAUCACCACAACAACAUCAUGCCUAGGUGGCGGAGACAGUAUGACUACAAGUAGCCACUAUGAAUGGAUGAUGAGAAAUCAACCCUAUCGUCAUGGAUGGAUGGAGCAGCAGCAGCAACAGCAAUCAUCAGAUCCUUACCGCAACGCUGGUCGUCGUGGAUACUAUUGA